CACAAUGGACACACGAUUUGUUCGACAUGUAAAGCCAGGGCACACAACCGAUGUCCCACUUGUCGACAAGAGCUUGGAGAUAUCAGAUGCUUAGCACUGGAAAAAGUGGCUGAAUCGCUUGAACUCCCUUGCAAAUAUGGUUCUGUUGGGUGUCCUGAGAUAUUUCCUUAUUACAGUAAGCUAAAACAUGAAGCAGUUUGCAACUUUAGACCAUACAACUGCCCUUAUGCUGGGUCUGAGUGCUCGGUUGUCGGUGAUAUUCCUUACUUGGUUGCUCAUUUGAGGGAUGAUCACAAGGUAGACAUGCAUUCAGGGUGCACUUUUAACCAUCGCUAUGUCAAAUCUAAUCCUCGAGAAGUGGAGAACGCGACGUGGAUGUUAACAGUUUUUAAUUGUUUUGGUCAGUGCUUCUGUCUCCAUUUUGAAGCCUUUCAGCUCGGAACAGCUCCUGUUUACAUGGCAUUUCUUCGGUUUAUGGGAGAUGAGAUCGAGGCUCGAAACUAUAGCUACAGCCUGGAAGUUGGAGGCAAUGGAAGGAAACUUACUUGGGAAGGUACGCCCCGAAGCAUAAGAGACAGUCACCGGAAAGUUAGGGAUAGCCACGAUGGACUCGUUAUACAACGUAACAUGGCCCUUUUCUUUUCUGGCGGGGAGAGAAAAGAGCUUAAACUACGAGUAACUGGAAGAAUAUGGAAAGAACAGCAGAAUCCUGAUGGAGGAGCAUGCAUGCCGAAUCUCUGUACUUAAUGCUAAUUGGAUUUCUGCUAUUUUUGUUGUACCAUGUGCUGAAUUUUCAGGACAGAAGUGAAUUCAGACGUUAAAAAUUCUCUGAAAAAUGUGUGGAAAGUUUAGUUCAUAUGUGCAUGAAUUGACAAGAGCUUUUUUGUUAUUAACGCUUGAAAGAGCAUGUACCAUAAACAUCUAACUUGUUUUUCCUAAUGAAGAUAACUACUUGUGUGCCUGUGCUAUUUCAA